AUGGUAUUGAGAGGUGGGAGGGAAGUGGGCCGUGACGGUGGCAGACACAGCCUGAGGACGCCGUCUACUUCUGUUGACUCAGACAGGAGCGCACUUCACUUCAGAGUCGGCUUCACUCGCUCACACGUCACCCGAGGAACGCUGAGCCGCACACCUGCAGACGCUGCUCGAUCGCGGCUAGAGGCUUCGCUGCCAAAGAUUUUUGCAGGGGUGGCAGUCAUGGCUCAUACGUUGAGCUGGUCUGUGCUGUGUUUUGUUUUUCUGAGCGUCUGGGCGCAGGACUUCUAUGAGGAAAAAACUGGACCAACAAGAGUGAAGACCAGAGGACAGACAGCAGCCGUUCUGCAGAAACAUGACGGUCAAGCCAUCUUAGAUGAGGACUGCGGCCUAGAGUUGGCCUUCCUGCUGGACAGCUCUGAGACGGCCAAGGACAACCACCAGCAGGAGAAAAAGUUCACUAUGGACAUUAUAGAAGGCCUCCAGAGCAUCCGCUUGGACACAGGCCGCAAGCUCAGCUGGAGAGCGGCCCUGCUUCAGUACAGCAGCCACGUCAUCAUCGAGCAGACCCUCAAACAGUGGAAAGGCUCGGAGAACUUCAAGAGCGGCAUCGCUCCGAUGGCCUACAUCGGCCACGGCACGUACACCACCUACGCCAUCACCAACAUGACCAAGAUAUUCCUGGAGGAAUCGAGCCCAGAAAGCAUCAAGAUCGCCCUGCUCCUCACAGACGGGACCUUUCAUCCCAGAAACCCAGAUAUCUUCUCUGCUAUGGCUGACGCUAAGAACCAGGGCGUGAAGGUCUUCACGAUAGGCAUCACUCGCAGCGCCAACGAACCUGCCAACAUCGCAAACCUGAGACUGCUGGCCAGCACCCCGGCCAACAAAUUCCUCUAUAACCUACAGGACACCAACGUCAUGGAAAAAGUCCUAAUUCAGAUAGCUCAGCUGGCAAAUGAUGGGUGUCCUCUGUCCCCGAAGUGUGCUUGCGAGAAAGGCGAGAGAGGACCCAGCGGCCCCGCGGGAAAGAAGGGUCGCCCAGGUGAGGACGGAACACCUGGGGCUAAAGGUCAAAAGGGUGAAUCUGGUUUGAGUGGACUUCCUGGUCGUGAGGGUACAGAGGGGAAACCCGGCUACAAAGGAGAGAAGGGUGAAAGAGGAGAAUGUGGCACUCCUGGAAUCAAAGGAGACCGAGGUCCUGAAGGUCCAGUUGGGACUCAAGGGUCCAGAGGCCUGCAGGGUUUACCAGGACCACAGGGUGACAUCGGACCAGAAGGCCCACAGGGAAAGAAGGGUGAGCGUGGCACUUCUGGUCCACCAGGAAUUCAGGGCGACAGUGGAAUUGGACUUCCUGGGCCAAAGGGAGAUAUGGGAUUUCAGGGAAGACCAGGUCCUCCGGGUCCACAUGGCAUAGGAGAGCCAGGUCUGCCUGGGCCUCAAGGGCCACAGGGGGUUCAAGGAGAGAAAGGACCACAAGGAGAGGGUUUUCCAGGUCCAAAGGGGGACCGGGGUCUGGAGGGGCCGAAAGGACCGAGGGGACAGCCGGGCGCUGGAAUCAAAGGCGAUAAGGGUGAGCUUGGGUCUCCAGGUUUACCAGGACCGAUUGGACUCCCCGGGCUCGGCAUUCAGGGAGAAAAGGGUGUUGAGGGUCCAAGGGGGCCUCCAGGAGGAAGAGGACCACCGGGAGAGGGUUUCCCCGGUCCCAAGGGAGAACAAGGUUUGCCGGGAGAAACGGGAACCCCAGGAGAGAGAGGGCACGGAGAACCUGGGCCAAAGGGUGAGCCUGGUUCAUCAGGACUGGCUGGUGUCCCUGGACUUCCAGGGGAGGAUGGAGCUCCAGGACAAAAGGGUGAGCCUGGGACGACAGGUUUGAGGGGACCUGAGGGGACUGCAGGAAUCGGCACUCAAGGAGAGAAGGGAGAUCAGGGCCAACGUGGCAUUCGAGGGUUGCCAGGUCCUCCUGGCAUAAGUGGCCCAUCGGGACCAAAGGGAGAGCCAGGUACGCCAGGAAGGCUGGGCAUGCCGGGAUUACCUGGACGAGCUCUUGCAGGAGCAAAGGGUGAUGUGGGUGCCGCUGGUCCUCCCGGGCCGAUUGGAGAGACUGGUUACGGUUUACCUGGUCCAAAGGGUGAUCGAGGUAACCCCGGACCACCCGGACCAUUUGGGCCUAAAGGUGAAGGGUUCCCUGGUCCAGUGGGUCUGACUGGUUUACCAGGAGCACCGGGUGAGCCUGGCCCAGAAGGCAUUGGUGUUCCUGGACCGAAGGGGGACGUUGGAUUCAGGGGUUUGCCUGGUUUACCGGGACCACCUGGUGAAGGACUGCAGGGACCACCGGGCAACAUGGGAAGACCAGGUUCUCCAGGACCACAAGGACCCCCAGGAGAAGGCAUUCAGGGACCCAAAGGCGAUCAAGGGGCUCCUGGAGUUACAGGGCCGAGGGGCCCGUCAGGAGAGGGACUUCCAGGCUCCAAGGGUGAUCGUGGUUUGCAGGGUGAGAGGGGUUUUAAAGGAAUGAAAGGUGACUUGGGUGACCCAGGGACUCCGGGACUGGCUGGAAGACCGGGAGUCAAAGGCGAACAAGGGCUCACGAGAGAAGACAUAAUCAAGCUGAUAAAGGAGAUUUGUGGAUGUGGUAUUAAGUGCAAGGAAAGGCCCAUGGAGCUAGUGUUUGUGAUUGACAGCUCUGAAAGCGUGGGCCCGGAAAACUUUGAGAUCAUUAAGGACUUUGUCACAGCUCUAGUGGACCGCGUCACAGUGGGUCGUAAUGCCACGAGGAUCGGUCUGAUUCUUUACAGCUUGGACGUCCAUCUAGAGUUCAACCUGGCCAGGUAUAUGAGCAAGCAAGACGUCAAGAAGGCCAUCAGGAACAUGCCUUACAUGGGAGAGGGCACCUACACCGGCACUGCUAUCCGCAAAGCCACACAAGAGGCCUUCUACAGCGCCAGGAACGGCGUCCGAAAAGUAGCCAUUGUCAUUACAGAUGGACAGACGGAUAAGAGAGAGCCUGUUAAGCUGGAUAUGGCGGUACGUGAGGCUCAAGUGGCGAACAUUGAGAUGUAUGCGCUGGGAAUCGUGAACACCUCUGACCCGACACAGGCUGAGUUUCUGAGGGAGCUCAACCUCAUCGCUUCUGACCCCGACAGCGAACAUAUGUUCCUCAUUGAUGACUACAACACACUGCCAGCUCUAGAGUCUAAACUGGUCAGCCAGUUCUGUGAGGACGAGAACGGGGCCCUUUACUUCAACCGCAUUACCAACGGCCUGAACGGAAACAACGGAUACGGCUACGGUAACGGUAAUGGCCAAGAGGAUGUUUCUUCAUACGGGAAUAAUGUUUAUGGGAACAAAUUUCAGGAGAUUUCACUGGACAGAACUCAGACUCACUCUAGAGGCAGAGGACACAGCCUACCUCUUCCCAUCAACCCCGGCCCUCUCAAAGCACAGGUGGAGAAGGACCAUGAGGGCGAGGAUCUAGACAUUAAGACACAAACUCAAAGUGGAAGCACUAUUGCUGUCGUCAAUAAAACUGUCCAACCUGUACAGCCAGGAACCUCUUCAUCAUCAUCAUCUUCAUCAUCAUCAGUAUCAUUAUCUUCAUCAGUAUCUACACAUUCUACUUCAGUGAAUGUGAAUGCAAAGCCUCGUCCUGUAGUGAUAAAAGAAUCAGCUCCUCUGGAUCCCCGGUGUCUGCUCAGUCUGAGUCAGGGGUCGUGUAGAGACUACAUCAUCCGCUGGUACUACGACAAACAGGCAAACGCUUGUGCUCAGUUCUGGUACGGAGGCUGCCAGGGCAAUGAUAACCGCUUCCAUACAGAAGAAGAAUGCAAGAAGACGUGUGUCCUCAACUCCACAGGCUAAAAGGGCUCUACAUCGGUCAUUCUACACUGAACCCCGAUAAAUGAACUUUAUGCUGGUGAUGGUGUACCGCAAUGACAGAUGCCCACAGAUGCCUACAGCCACCAGCAGUUCAUAUUAUAAAAUCAUACAAAUGUUCCCUAUCUUUAAUCUCAGGAUCUGGAGAAAACCUUUAUUCCCCAAUAAAGCCUUUUCAUAAACACGUACCUGCCAAGGUGUAUUAUGAAGCUUCACAGGCCAUUUAUUCAAAUACACAGCUCCCAUUUCUCGGUACGCACUGAGAAUCUGUGCACUGCUCUACAUGUAAUAGUUGUGACAUGUAGAAAUAUUAUUCAUUGGGAAUUGAUUGUAUAUAUGUUUUGUUUUAUUUAAAAUUCAUAUACAAUUUGUGACUUGAGUGAAGCCACGGGCAGAUUUAGCAGACUUAAAAUGUCAUAAAUUAUGUCUUAGGGGUUUCAUGGGGAAGAAUGAAAAAAAAAAGUUGAAUAGUCCUAAUAAUUUAAAUGCAAUUAUGAUUUUAAAAAAGGAAAACAUUGUGUAUAUUUUAUUUCUGAUUUGUCACAGUAGCUUUAUAAUACUAUUCAAACCAAAUAGAUUUGCAUUCCGGAAUUUUGUAUUGUAUUUUGUCAUUUUUAAUGAACCAACCCUUUCCUAACAGCUGUCUGAAAUAAGCCCUUACUGAAUUGUAGACAUUUUUUGACUGUUUUAUACGAAUGAU